AUGUCAAUUAUUCUAGUCUCUCAUCCAAAAAGAAGACCAGAACUAACAAGGUCAAUAAGAGAUUUAGUCGAAGCACUGAAAAAUGUUCCAAAAGGAUUGAAUAUUAAAGAAUUUGUGAUGGUCAAAGGAUGUGUGAAAGGAUGUAACUAUAAAGAAAUGGAUGAUGCCGUCGAGAAGAUAAAAAAAGAACUUCCAUCUAUUCCAAUUAAAACACCAACAUAUAACUAUAAAUCUAUUGAUGGUGUUAAUGGUGAGGAAUGGGUUCAGGACUCAUUGUCUGCAGUUUGGGCAGACACAACUAAAAGUGAUUGGGAACCAACAAGUUACAAAAAACAUAUAACGAUUAACUUCUUUUUCAUAGAGGAAUUAAAAAAAGUUUACAAUGAUAAAAGUACGGAUUAUGUAUUAUUAGCAGAAGAUGACCAAUUAUAUGAGAAAGAUACAUUUGAACAUAUUCUCAAACUCAUCCAAACAAGACCAGACAACCAAUGUUAUGCUAAAAUAGCAUGGUGUCCUUAUAGGUGGUGUUCUCAUUAUGGACAAAAAAGGUUUACUGCUGACACAUCAAAAGAUUUUGCAUGGGGAGCAUGGGGAAAUUUAAGGUCAAAAGAAGAAUUAGGAUUAUUCUUGAGGUGGUUAAAAUUCACAAGAUUCUUUGAAUCAGAAGAUACAUUAGGAUCAUUCAUUUGUCAGGCACUUAAAAGAAAUAUUGAAGUUGAUAAUGUUUCAUAUCAUUUUGGACAUGAUAGGACAAUUCCAAAGUGA